AUGCCUCCCACAGGCGGAGAUUUCACGGACAUCGCUCCCCCAGACCUAACACCCAACACGCGCUCCGAAGCCGAAGAAGCCCUGCGCCGAAACAGCCUCGCCCAAACCGAUUCCGCAGCCCCAACGAGCUCCGCGCAUGGCAGCAACGAAGCGCAGCAAGCAUACCAUCAACCUCACGGCAUGCGGCGGACGAACUCAGCCUACGCCACAGCGCUGGAGCAGUUGUCGCAGAAGCAGCAGGCUGAGGAAAUGGAUUCGAUAACCACGGGCAGCGGCGCCACUGUACCACUCCCAGCGCCAGGAGAGGGCGUCGUACCGCUCAGAACGGGCGUAGGAGCAGGACAGGCGGAGGUGGUGGAGAAGGCGAGGCCCAGAGGGCUGAGUCUGGGUAUGCUGGGCAGGAUUCCCUCUUGGAACGAGCAGGAUAAGAAGCAUCUUGUCUGCGGGGCCAUUGGGCUGAUGGAGGCGCCGGCCAAGGGUGAUAAGGGGUAUGAUAGUGGGGCGGACGAGAAGGGUGUUGGUGGUGUGUGA